AUGUCGCACGCCGAUCACACAAGAGAUCCAUGUCCCUGGGUCAUCCUCAACGACUUUGGAGGUGCCUUUGCCAUGGGCGCCGUCGGCGGCACCAUCUGGCACGGCAUCAAGGGUGCCCGCAACUCGCCUCGCGGCGAGAGGUUGCCCGGCUCGCUGGCGGCCAUCAAGGCGAGGGCGCCCGUGCUCGGUGGCAACUUUGGCGUUUGGGGAGGCAUGUUCUCGUCAUUUGACUGCGCCGUCAAAGGGAUAAGGCAGAAGGAGGACCCGUGGAACGCCAUCAUCGCCGGCUUCAUGACGGGCGGAGGCCUGGCCAUCCGAUCGGGACCAAAAACCGCCAUUGGUUCGGGCAUCAUGUGCGGUAUCCUGCUAGGCGUCUUCGAAGGUGUCGGCGUGCUCAUGCAGCGGAUGAUGGCCGAGAACAACAAGCAGGUCGCCCCCAUCAUUCCGGACACACAGACUAUCGGCGGCGGCUCGGCAGCCAUCACCAACACCUCGACUCCCGCGCUCUCAUCCUAG